AUGAGUGAUCAAGAAAGCUUACGUGAUGAUCUGUUUAAACUCACCAUGCAACAGAAGUGGGAAGAAGUGGCAAAGAUAUACAAGGAAAACAAAAGUGCUCACACUCUUAAGCUCACCAAAUUAGAGGACACAGCUUUCCAUAUAGCCAUCUCCUGUUACAAUCCGAAAAUCCCCAACCACGCCCAUGAAAGAUGCACCAAGGAAAUGUUCACCUUCAUGAAGGAAUGCGGAUCAGUAUCCGAGCUGGUGAGGAUGCAUAAUGUGAGAGGAGACACCCCUCUCCAUCUUGCAGCUGCACACGGCAACCUUCAGACAUUUAUCUCUCUCCAUGGCAUCUACAACCAUGGCAAGGAUAAGGGUGAUGAGUCACUCUGUCGGAGGAAAGAUGGAAAUACGGUCCUGCAUUCUGCGAUUUCUGAGGAAUACUUCAGAUUAGCAUACUUUAUAUUGGAGCACUACAAGAAUCUACUCAAUUAUGUUAAUGUUGAUGGAGAAACUCCUCUUCAUGUCUUGGCCAGAAAGCCUAACUUGUUCAAAAGCAGCUCACAGCUUGGAUUCUAUGAAUCAAUUAUCUACCAUUUUGUAUUUGUUGAUAAUCUGAAGAACCAACCAAUACAUAAUCCAAAGGACACCCAGAUUGAUGAAAUAAGUGAAGAGAAUUUCCCAGAAAAUUACCAGACAUGUAUGAGAAUCUUCCAUCUAUUAUGGGAUCCAAUUUCCAAGAGCUAUAAAGGUGAUGAUCAUCAAUGA